CUGGAGUCUGGGAGGAAAAAAAAUCUGUAUAUUGAAAAGUAUAUAUAAUGUGUUGAAGAAUUACAACUCGCUGAGUUGUGUCCGAGUGAGUGGGAGGUGUAGCGGUGUGAUGAUGAUGCGAGGACUGACGUUGGUGAUGGUGUUGGUGGUGUGCCUGCUGGAGGUGUCUGAGGGCGUGCAGCUGGAGGACCUGGCUCUCCCUCAGGAGGCUGCGGAUGAAAAUGAAGUCAAACUCCCUCCAGAACUAAGCAAGCAAAGUGAGCGCUUCUUCGGGGUAGCAUCGACUAGGACUUACACUAAUGUGGUGAUGGUCACUUCCACACUGUUUUUCUCCUGCCUCUCAGGUACCAAGGCAACAACUGUUUGUAAAGGACGACGCAAGAAGAGUGUUGAAAGAGUCCUGGAGGUGCUCCCUGAGGAGGAAAAACGUGAUCUGGAGAGUAGCAUCGACGGGGCGACUGAAACACCAGACGAGGACAAGUCAACAAAGUCUCAAGACGAUACAUCAGCGUCUACCAACCAGAAGUUCUUCACCAUCUGGACGACAACUCAAACCACCACCUCCGUCACUAUGUUCUACACCAACACCAGCACUACCAUCCGCCUCUCCUACUACUGCAACGCUGGACAAGAAAUAUUUCCCACCUUCAAGUGUGGUGGCGGAAAGUAACGCCACAACUUGGCCACUUUUUCCCCCGGAAGGGCCUAUAAAAUCCUGUACUAACACAAAGAGUCCUCGACCUAAACUGACCAGAAAGUGCUCUUAAUUUUAAGUUUUAGAAAUAAUGUAGAUAGUGUACAUGGGAAAAAGAGUCCAAACAUUAUAUACACAUAUUCACCUGAAAAAAAUGUCUAUCUCAUUUGUCCUUAUCGUCUAUAAUAAUCUCAACAGCUCGCUGCUACAGUAUAAUAUGCAUUUUUAUGCAGCGUUCCUCUGAUUUCAAUAUAUAAUUUGCUGGUACUAAAGACUCGCAGCUCAAGCUUCCGUUAAUCAAGCUCUAUCCAGAGUAAAACGUGGUUUCAUCCAAAAGCUUCUUCUGUAUAUCAUGAUGUUACUGACAAAUAUGCCAAUACGACACAAUGUGCUGUUUAUGGCAUUUUACUGAGAUGAUGUUUCGCCCACCAGGUAAGUGAACUAUUCCAGCGCCCCCUUUCCCCCCAGAUCAGAAUGCCCCAGCACACCCAGCGUUCAUCAUACCAUCUAGGCUUGUGUAAAACCACUAGAUGGUUCUGGUUACAGCGCUUACAGGUGGCCAAGAUGGCUACAGGUAUGUGGCUGGUCUUGUGUGUACCGAAUAAAUUCAUACGAAUUCGGAGUGCACAGUGCCUGGCA